AUGUUAGUUACACUCUCAUCAAUUAUCUGUUUACAUCCUCUAUCUCUAUAUCUCUCUAUCUCAUCAAUUAUCUAUAUAUUUAAUUAUCUAAUCAUAAUGAAAAACAAGAACAAGAACAAGAAAGAUAAUUGCUCACUUGAAUUAAUUGCAGUUAAACAUUUAGAUGUAUUGAACAUUAACGAUGAGGAAGAUGAAAGUGACAAAAAUAUUAAAACGAAUAGUCAAGACCAAUCUUCUUCUUCUUCUUCAACUUUAACAAAUACUUGUACCGAUUUAAUUACAACUACGACUACAACAACUUCUACUACAUCAACUACUACUACUAAAACAGAGGAAAAGAAAAAGAAGAAGAAUGAACGAAUUACAAAGAGAAAAAAGAUUGGGUUUAUUGAACCAGGUACAAUUGUUGAAGGUGUCAAUGAUGAACAAAAUUUCCAUUACCACUAUGGUCCUGUCGUCAAUGUAAAAGGUGUUGAUACCUCUAAACCAUGGAAUGAAGAAAUAUUGGGUCAAUAUUUAAAGGAUGCUGGUUUUGUAAGAGGUUCGGCUAGCUCAGCAAGUAAAAAGGCUCAAAUUACACCAAAUUUCAUUCAAUUCUCAGACAAGUUGGGACAGCUUAUUAGUUGCGUCAAUGGUAUCUGUAAUAGUCAUCCCUUUAAACGUCUCAAACUAACUGGAAAUGGAAAGAUUGACUUGGAAAAUGCAUUGUCUGCCAUUGGAUCAUUUGAAUUGUUUGAAAAGACUCAACCAAGAUUACCACCAUCCUAUACCACCAUGACAACUCUGUUUGUAGUUGCAGCCUAUAUUAUGGGUCUACCUGGAUUUGGAGCUGGUCCACUACCCAAACAUUGUCAAGCAUACAUUGGUCAAGAUGAACUCAGAGAUACCACGUGGAGGACACUACCUAUUGGUCAAGAUUCAUUACUCUCUCAAUCUAUUUUAUGCUCAAGUUGA